AUGUCGUCGUCGUCCUAUUCCAAGGCCAGCAAUGGUGGUGAGCAGAUGGUCUGCGUCACCGGAGCAGGCGGCUUCAUCGGGUCGUGGGUGGUGAAGGAGCUCCUGCUGCGAGGGUACCGUGUCAGGGGAACUGCAAGGGACCCUGCUGACAGCAAGAACGCGCACUUGCUUUCUCUGGAGGGGGCCAGGGAGAGGCUCACCCUCUGCCGCGCCGACGUCCUGGACUACGAGUCCCUCCGCGCCGCGUUCACCGGCUGCCAUGGCGUCCUCCACGUCGCCUCCCCGGUGUCCAACGACCCUGAGCUCGUGCCGGUGGCCGUGGAGGGCACCAGGAACGUGAUCAACGCCGCCGCGGACGAGGGCGUUCGCCGGGUGGUCUUCACCUCCUCGUACGGCGCCGUGCACAUGGACCCCAACCGGAGCCCCGACGCCGUCCUCGAUGAGACCUGCUGGAGCGACUACGAAUUCUGCGAACGGACAAACAACCUCUACUGCUGCGCCAAGAUGAUGGCGGAGAUCACGGCGACGGAGGCGGCGGCAGCGCGCGGGCUGCCGCUGGCGGUGGUGGUGCCGUGCGUCACGACGGGCCCGUUGCUGCAGCAGACGCUCAACUUCAGUAGCAACCACGUGGCGCGCUACCUCAUGGGCACCAAGAGGUCCUACCCCAACGCCGUCGCCGCCUACGUCGACGUCCGCGACGUCGCGCGCGCGCACGUCCUGGCCUACGAGCGCCCCGGCGCCAGCGGCCGCUACCUCUGCAUCGGCACCGUGCUCCACCGCGCCCAGCUCGUGGCCAUGCUCAGGGAGCUCUUCCCGCAGUACCCCGUCACGGCCAAGUGUGAGGACGACGGCAAGCCGAUGGCGAAGCCGUACAAGUUCUCCAACCAGAGGGCCAGGGAGUUGGGCUUGGAGUUCACGCCGCUGAAGAAGAGCUUGUACGAGGCAGUGGUGUGCAUGCAGCAGAAUGGGCACCUGCCAGUCAUCAGCCAGCAGCAGCGCUCGUACUUGUAA